AUGACUGCUUCACGAUUUUGCGUUGAGAUCCUCCAUUUUGUAGAGGUAACACAAGAGUGGCCUGGACUUCCUAGAGGUGUUAAAUUUGAUCCAUCUGAUCAAGAGAUAAUAUGGCACUUGCUUGCAAAAGUUGGUGAAGGAAGUUCAAAACCUCACCCUUUCAUCGAUGCAUUUAUCACUACUCUUGAUGUGAAUGGGGGCAUUUGUUAUACUCAUCCUCAGCAUUUACCAGGUGUUUCACAAGAUGGAAUUGCUUCACACUUUUUCCAUAGAACAGUCAAAGCUUAUAGUACUGGAAGUCGAAAACGGCGAAGAAUAUGUGGUGGUAAAGAGUUUUCUUAUGUCCGCUGGCACAAGACUGGAAAGACUAAACCUAUCCUCUUGAAUGGAGUUCAGAAAGGCUGCAAAAAGAUUAUGGUUCUUUAUAUGUUUCCAGAGAAUGGAGGAAAAGGUGCAAAAACUAACUGGGUUAUGCAUCAGUAUCAUCUUGGAACAGAAGAGGAUGAAAAGGAAGGGGGGCAUGUAAUAUCCAUAGUAUUUUACCAGCAGCAACAGGCUAAGUUGGGAGAAAAAGAUGAUCAAGAUGUUCGUGAAACCGCGGAAGCAACUAUUGCGAAUGUUGCUCUUAUCACUCCCAACUUUGUGACCACUGAACCUCCUCUUAUCACUCCCAAUUUUGUAGACCAGGCACAAGAAACUCACCAUAUUCCUCAGUGUUCUUUUGUUUGUCUUCUACACCAGAUUCUUGAAAAUCUUCCUUGGUUAGAAGAAUGGCUACUUAAUAGUGAGGAUGACUGUGAAGAGAUGGAUAACAUUGACCUGCCGCUGAAUCUAUUGGAUUCACAGCAACUUCCCGAAACAUUUUCUUGGUUCGAAGAUUUCAUUCAAAGCCAGUCUCCGAAAAGACACAGGGAAAAUGACGAACAAAAGAACCAGCCUAGUCUUUCGGCAUAUGCUCAUCUAGGACCAGAGCAGUUGAAGAAAGACAAGGAAGAGUGCCAAAAUCUUGACCACACUGGCAAUGUACAGCUUGACUCAGAAUCUUCCGACAUUCGAUUAAGUCAACAGGAAUUCAGCUCACAGGAGCUAUAUCGCCUGCUGGGGUGGUAAUGCCUUCUGCAACUGCAUCUUUUGAUAAAUAGCAAUGUUGAAAUCAAAGGGUUAUGUAAAUUGUUACAACUUUUGUGAAGUAGGUUUGAUACAUUUGAUCAACCAAACUUUAAUCAAUGCUUUAUUUUUGUAUGAUGAAGUUGUAGAGUCAUAAUAUGUUUCAUCCAGGUACUCAAAUAUUGGAAUGUGGACAUAUAUGACUUGUCCACAUAUAUA